AUGUAUAAUUUGGAGGUGAUAGAGCUGGGACUGUCCCGGAAGUGGCCAGAGGAUCCAGAGGCUGUCAGGAGGAUCAGAGCAGCUUUCAAUAUACACAUAGCCAAGGCCAUACUGGAGAAGUACGACUUGCAGACGCAGGCCUACACCGACCAUAUCAACGUGUUCAAGGAGGGGUUUGUGUUCCGGCUACGUGUGGUGUAUCCCCGGGAGGUGGUCUUGUUGAAGGAGUGCAAGACGCCGGAUGGCAAAGACGAUGCUACCGCGACACUCCAGAAUCUCUCCAGCUGGAGAAGUACACUCUGCACCUGCCUAAGCUCACUGGAGAGCGUUGCAUGGGCUGCAGCAGCAGUGGCCCUAGUAUGGGUGUGUGGUGUGUCGUCUGGCCAAGAGAUGGCUCUCCUCCCAGCUGCUGGACAAUGCCCACGUACCGGACGUUGCCACCGAGCUGCUGGUCGCUUCGCUGUUCCUCUCUCCCGAGCCAUUCCGUCCGCUCGCGCAGCCACAGCCCAUGUUCCUGCGGUUCCUGCCACCUGCUCGCACACACCAAACUUCCAUCUGGAGCCUGUCAUCGUCAACUUCAAUGGCAACUUAAAGAGUGAGUCUGAGAGGACCCUCAUCGAGAUAGAGUCGCACUUCCGCCAGCGAGCGAACUGCACUGCCCCACUGUACAUAGCCACCCAGUACGACAAGUCCGGGUCUGUCUGGACCCGGGAGGCCCCGACGUUGCCGGUACUGGUGAGGUUGGCAAGCCUUGCGAGUCAGUCCCUCACAGUCUUGGAGACAAACUUUCUCAGUUCUGCUUUGUAUCACAUUUGCAAAGGUCGUGUUCCGUCCACCGCUAGAGCUCUACGAUGCUCUGAUACAACUGAAGCCCAUGCAACUGUCACGUCUCAGCCAGGGAGUCGACUUCACUCAAAAAACCCCUGUCCAGGUCAGGGUGCCUAA